GAUUUUACUGAGCUUUUGGGUUUUGGUCCUCCUCGAUGUUCAUCGUCUCCCUUCUCCUCUGCUUUCUUUCUGUGUCUCUCUGAGCAGAGAAGAAGCUUCAGUGCAGUUGGGUUUCUUUUUAUACUUAAUUUCAAGCUAGGGUUUUUGGGAACUCGCAUUCCUUUCUUGUCUUUGCUUCUCUCUGCUGCCUGUCGUCAUGUCGACGCGAAAUCGCCGUUCUUCGCUUUCCAUGCCUUCUUCAUCGGCUGCGAAGAGGCCUGCUUCGUCGGAAAAUGCCACAAAGAUCUCAGCAGUUCAGCCUCUACAGGCCAAGAAACGACCGGCUCUCACCAACUUGACCAACCAAAAUAAUGUGUCCCGGACCACUGUUCGAACCUCUGGAACAGCGGCAACUCAGGCGUCAUCUGCAACUAAAACUACCAAGAUAAAGAAGGUAUCUUCUUCCCAUGUAAAAACUACAGCUUUCCCUCGAAGUUCUGUGCCCGAAUCCUCUGCUAUGAAGUCAAGGACAGUUGUUUCCUGCAAGGAUGUUUCUGCCCAAAAAAGUGAUGGACCUGUAUCCAGUAUUGCAGCACCUGUAGCCCCUAGCAGUAUGUACAUUUCUCCAAGUCGGUCAGAUGGAUGUUCAGUCUCUCUUGAUGAAACAAUGUCUACAUGUGACUCAUUGAAGAGUCCUGACAUUGAAUACCUAGACACUGCUGAUGUUUCAGCAGUUGCUUCUAUUGAGAGAAGAACGUGUAACAACCUCUACAUUUCAGAUCAUGUUGAACUAGCAACAGGAAAUAUCUGCAAGAGAGAUAUACUUAUGGAAAUGGAAUUAACAGACAAAAUAGUGAACGUUGAUGACAAUUACAAAGAUCCACAACUAUGUGCUACCAUUGCCUGCGACAUUUACAAACACUUGCGCGCAUCUGAGACAAAGAAAAGGCCUUCCACAAACUUCAUGGAGGAAGUUCAGAAGGAUGUCAAUGCCAGCAUGCGUGCAAUACUGAUUGAUUGGCUUGUGGAGGUUGCUGAAGAAUACAGACUUGUACCUGAUACCCUAUAUUUGACUGUUAACUACAUUGAUCGCUAUCUUUCGGGUAAUGUCAUGAAUAGGCAAAGGUUACAGUUGCUUGGUGUUGCCUGCAUGAUGAUAGCUGCUAAAUAUGAGGAGAUUUGUGCGCCCCAGGUAGAGGAGUUCUGUUACAUUACCGAUAACACAUACUUCAAGGAGGAGGUCUUACAAAUGGAAACUGCUGUUUUAAAUUACUUGAAGUUUGAAAUGACAGCACCAACAGCUAAAUGUUUUUUAAGGCGAUUUGUUCGUGCUGCUCAAGGCAGCAAUGAGGUUCCAUUGUUGCUGUUGGAAUGCCAGGCCAACUACCUUGCAGAGUUGUCACUCCUUGAGUAUGGCAUGCUUUGUUAUGCCCCAUCGUUGAUAGCCGCUUCUUCAAUUUUCUUGGCAAACUUUAUUCUCCAACCUUCAAAGAGACCAUGGAAUGCUACCCUUGGGCAUUAUACAUUGUAUAAGCCUUCUGAACUGCGUGACUGUGUUAAGGCACUACAUCAUCUUGCUUGUAGUAGUCACAGUACCACUUUACUAGCAAUUAGGGAGAAGUACAGUCAACAUAAGUACAAGUCCGUGGCCAAGAAGUACUGCCCACCUUCAAUACCUGUAGAGCAUUUCUAUGACUUGGGCAACUAGCAAAAAUGUCAACAUUCAGGAGAGACAGAUCCAGUGCCUUCAAUAUCUUUGCAAGUAUAACCGAGACUUGAGACAGUAGCAAAUGUAUAAACCUUCUUGAGACCAGUUCCAAUGUUGUCGCAUGAUGUUGAACUUAGCACAUUUAUGUGACCUGAUCCGAUGCUUUUAAACUUCAGUAGCUUGUGCACAUUCAUGAGAUUGACUCCAAUGCUUUGAUG